AUGGGCUGCACACCAUCUCACAGUGAGAUUGUCAAUACUCUUGCAAGAAGUGGCCUCAAGGCUUUGAAUAAGCCCAAAGGUGUUUUGCAUAUUGAUCCAACAGAUAAAGGAAUUCCGCUGCUAGUUAAAGGUUCAUCUUGCUACAGUUUUGAUGAACUUCACCAAUAUGGGGUCCAGAGGAAUGAAUGCCUGAUAGAAACCAAGGAGAAAACAUCUGAGCGGGAUAAGAGUGAUCGUUUGCAGUGUUCUUCCAACUCUCAUCCAAGGGUCCCCAUUUCCAGGGAAGACAAAGUAAUUGAGAGGACAGCCACAGAGGCUGAAGUUAUAUCCAAACUGAUUGAAUCUCAAAAACACAUCACUGAGGCUAUACAGAUCAGAAAGCAAAGCUCCUGUGAAUCGGAAGCAUCAGUGUUCAUUUUGGAUAAUAAGAAUGAAAGCAAUGCAAAGCAAAUCCUAAAGAAAGGGAAGAAGCCAAAGAAUCAGAAGUCAGCAAAACAAGGUCGACUCAGCAAAACUAAAGAAAAGUCCAUUUUGUCCCCGUGUGAGACAGAGGAAAAGGUGGAUUUCCCAGAACUGCUUGUUAAGGCUCAUCAGAGUGCAUAUGCUUACUUAAAUCCCAAUCUUUCCAAGUAUGAAGCAAUACUUCAUAUGGCUGAUCAGGCUGCCCAAACUCAGCUCUUCCUACAACAGAUGGUAAGCUUCCUCGUGCUUCGCUUUGAUGAAAUCAACCAGCUCUUGGAAGAAAUUGCUAAUGAUGGGGAAAAUCUUCUCAAAAACGUGGGGGGGAAUCUGGCAUGGCCAUCAGAAAAAGGUGAUUUGAAGGAGCACCCUGAUCUUCUGCAACAACUACUGCAAUACACAAUCAAUAAAAUGCAGUUACUGAAUGGAACGCUAGCCUCUCUCACCUCCGAUGCCCUGCAGGAGACAUGCAACUACCUGCAGACCGCUGCAACCAACUUGGAAGGAAAACUGAAGGCAAAGCAAAUGUUUGAUGAGCGCCUGCUUCAGACAGUAAGGCUGCUUGAAGCCUCAACCAUAGGGAACCUUCAGUUCCACGGUGAUGACAGGACUCUCUGUUCUGAGGACAGUGGCAUUGGUGUGGACAAUGAAUCCCUCAAAGACUUCAGUCCUUUCAGCCAUCUUGGAGCACAAGCAAGCUUUGAUUCCUCUGCACAUGGUGUUCUGUCCCAGAAGCACAGCAGAAUGAUGGAGCAUAUCCACAGUGGGACAAGGCCACCAGGCACAGCCACAUCUCAUAACUCCACACUUGAAAUGCAUUUUAAAGAUGUGCUUCAUUCAUCUGUACAGAGUAGAGAAGGAACUACUUGUCAGGGAGGAAUACCGGAAGGUAUUUCCACCAUGGCACAAGAUGCAAGCUUGAGUAAAAGCCACUCCUGUAACUCCUUCCAGUCUGACUCUACUCAAGAACAUGAACGUUUCCAAGUUGGUGAAUCAAUAGAUUUUCCUUCAGAUGAUGAUGAUGAAGGGAGCACCUUGGAGGAGGAUGACGACAACACAAGUUUAUCAGAAAUGGGGAAGGAUGCCCUGCCAAAGAGGCCCCAGUCUUCACCUGCAGUCACUGAUAACACAAAAAGGCAGUCUAUCAAAAGGACAGAAAAUGCAGAAGCAGAGGAAAUGAUUCUGAAGAUGAAAGAUGCCAUCAGUGAAAAAAUCAAAUUUGUCCCAGCUAAGUCUAGGCGUAAAGAGUGGAUGGAGGAUGAGAGUGGAACUGCCAUCUUAACAGCAAGGCCCAGUACAGCAACAGGCAGACAGAAAACCUAUGGUAAACACCGACGAUCCCGGUCAGAGGAGUCCCUCAGAAGCCAGGCAGAGGACCCAACCCUCCUAGAGCUUCAGAGAACUCAAAAGGAGCUCAGCAAAAGGCUAGAAAUGUUUUACGGAAAGAAGGAGACAGAUAACACCAAAGAGCCUAGGAAACUGAGAACAACACGUUACUUGCAGGAUGAGCAAGUUACUUCUAGGUCUUCUAGCAAACUGAAGGCAUGCCUCUCAAAAAAUUUCAGCAUCCUGCCUAACCAGGAUAAAGUCCCUUCGUACAUAGUUGAUCAAAAUCCUGCCCAUCAGCUGGAUGAAAAAAGAGACAAGAAGCCUUUGAAAGCUACUAUGCCCACCCAGGAGACGUCAUCAGGGAAUGAAGAAAACAAGCCUUCUGGAACUCAAACGCUCAGUGGCAGCAGUUGUGCCCCCCGCCAGUCUGUCAAAAAGCUCAUUGAAACAUUCAGUCCCACUGAUGAGUUUGGAAAAGCCACACCUUUGAAAUCUUUAGGACCAGUAAAAUGUGUCAGAAAGUUUGGACUUCCAGUCAUCCCACCCACUGUUCCCUUUCAGAGAGGCCUAAUGCCUUUGAAUGUUAAACAUCGCAUUUCGCCAGUAGAAGGCACAAACCUUUCAAACAACAGUGGAGUUUGUUCUAACUUUCCAAAUGCCUUUCCUCCUAUACCAGCAGCAGCAGAAUUAAGCAAGGACACAAAGGAAGAGACAGAUGAAGAUAUUGAGAACUUGCCACCGCCACCCCCUGAAAUGCUCAUAGACAGUACUUUUGACUCCUGUGAGAUGGAAGAAACUGCAAGAAUAGAAGGAAGCUCAUCAGAAGAUGCCAAAAAGCCUGCCAAAACAGAAUUUCAAGCUACUAAGAGAACACAAGUCUCCCCAAAAAUGAGGGCCUCUCUUCAGUUCAUUGACUUAUUACCAAGCAAAAAUAUCAAUGGCCCCAAUGUGGCUGCUAACAAAGUUCUAAGGAACAGUGAACCAAGGGAUGAUAAACUGCAGAUAUAUUCUCUGGAGUUGAACCCUACCAAUGUGCACAUCCCUAGUCAGGAAGAGAUAUUAGCGACCCAGAGAAAAGAGGCUGCAGAUUUGUACAAGCAAACGCAUAAAAUUAUUCCUCUUCAAAAUCCCAGCGGGGUUUCAAAACCACACAGCAACAGCUCAGAGAGCAUGGAGGCCAAUUCACCCACAACUUCAGUGCCGCACCAGAAGCACAGCUCUCCUGACUCUCUCAGGAGAAACGAAAAAGGCUCAGCGUUCUCCAGGAGGGUGUCCCCAGCGAGAACCCCUCCUUCUUCUCCACCAACUGAGAAACGGCUUUUCAGCCCUCCAACACAUCAUAGACACUCUCUGCAAGCUUUUAGCAGCCCCCAGCCCAGCUCGCCCACCAUGCAGAGGAAACCCAGCCCCCCUGCCAGCCCCAGAGCACCCAGCCCUCCCUCACAGAAGAAGCUGCCCUCUCCACCGGCCCAGCGCAAACUGCUCAGCCCUCCUGCAGAGCAUAAGCAAAGCUCAUCAAGCCCACACCGGCCACCAGGCCCCCCAGCAUACCGCCGUGACACAGCCCCUGCUCCAUUUCCCAUCACCCCAUCCCCACCAACCUCCCCAUCUCGCUCCUACAGAGGAUCAAGAGCAGGUCUGGAUGCCGGGGAUGAGCCCCAGCCUUCCUCCACCAAAAAGGGCAGCAACGUGCAUUCAAUAUUUUGCCCAGCCACCUCUUCCUUAUUUGAAGCAAGACCUCCACCAGCACCCAGCAAACCCUCAGAGGAGGUCACGGGUCAGCCUGAAGCUUCAAAACCUUCCCAAAAGAGCAGUCUGCUUUUCCAGCAGCUGGGAGCUCGAACCAGAAAGCUGUCCCUGAGCGCUGCCAAUCCUCAGCCAUUUGUGAAGAGAAGUUUCUCCGACCGUCGACCAGGGGUCCGGUUCUUCCUUCCAGCUCCUGUGUCAGCUGCCAGUGAACCCGCUCUUAACCAAGCAAGCAUGGAUGAGAGCCCUAGAAAAGCAGGCGACUCUUGGAGCAACCCUUGUGCCCCUGAAAUCAAAGAGUCCAACAGAUCUGCUUCCCACCCGGAGCUCUACAUCGUGGGCCAGAGGCUGCAGAGGGACUGA